AUGAAGGGACUCAUUCUUGUCGGUGGCUAUGGCACCCGUCUUCGACCUCUCACCUUGAGUGUUCCCAAGCCCCUGGUCGAGUUUGCCAACAAGCCCAUGAUUGUGCACCAAAUUGAGGCGCUGGUCGCAGCUGGUGUUACUGACAUCGUCCUCGCUGUCAACUACCGACCCGAGGUCAUGGAGAAAUUCCUAGCAGAGUACGAGGAAAAGUUCGGCAUCAACAUCGAAUUCUCCGUCGAGACUGAGCCUCUCGACACCGCCGGACCCCUGAAGCUUGCUGAGCGUAUUCUCGCCAAGGACGACUCUCCCUUCUUCGUCCUCAACUCUGAUGUUAUUUGCGACUUCCCCUUCGAGGACCUCCUGGCCUUCCACAAGAACCACGGCAACGAGGGUACCAUUGUCGUUACCAAGGUUGAGGAGCCCUCCAAGUAUGGUGUCGUUGUCCACCAGCCCGGGCACCGCUCUUUAAUUGAUCGAUUCGUCGAGAAGCCCGUCGAGUUCGUUGGUAACCGUAUCAACGCUGGUCUCUACAUCUUCAACACCUCCAUCCUUGACCGUAUCGAACUUCGCCCGACUUCGAUCGAGAAGGAGACCUUCCCCGCCAUGGUCAAGGACAACCAGCUCCACUCUUUCGACCUUGAGGGUUUCUGGAUGGAUGUCGGUCAGCCCAAGGAUUUUCUCAGCGGUACAUGCUUGUACCUUUCUUCCCUCACAAAGAAGGGCAGCAAGGAACUCACCCCUCCCAGCGAGCCUUUCGUUCACGGCGGAAACGUCCUGAUCGACCCCUCAGCCAAGAUUGGCAAGAACUGCAGAAUCGGACCCAAUGUCACUAUUGGCCCCAACGUUGUUAUCGGCGAUGGUGUCCGUCUGCAGCGAUGUGUCCUGCUCAAGGGAUCCAAGGUCAAGGACCACGCCUGGGUCAAGUCCACCAUUGUUGGUUGGAACAGUACUAUCGGUCGAUGGGCCCGUCUCGAGAACGUAACAGUUCUUGGUGACGAUGUCACUGUCGGCGACGAGAUCUACGUCAACGGUGGCAGCGUUCUUCCCCACAAGUCUAUCAAGGCCAACGUCGACAUUCCUGCCAUCAUCAUGUAA